GGGUGCAGUGGCGCGCGCGACUCACCUGGAGACCCGAGUUGCUGCUCACAGCGCUGAGACGCAGCUGCGGCAGAAGCCAGACUCCAGCGCGGAGGCUGACGCUGACAUUUCUUACGUCUUGUAUUUGAAUCGAGCGGGACUCACUCUCUCUCACACGCGCACGCACGCUCUGUUUCCAGCGGCUCAUUGAUUACCGAUCAGUGACCUUCAUUGGUGCUGUGGAACAUGGAGUCACGUGGCUCCUCGCAUUUUCAGCCUCGCUUACAUGAACGAAGUUUCCCAGAACCAAUCGACCAGUCUGGGCUUUGGUUAUCAUCUGAGGUCCAACGCAGCGCCAGGACAAGCGAGCAGUGACCUGCUCCUGCUGCAGAGAACGAGACUGUGUGUUGGUCCCAGCGAAAGGUUCUGAUGAUCCCUGUUCAUUUCUUCAUUGCCUUUGUUGUCUGUGUGAGCGGCAGCCGGGAGGACAGGCCCGCUGGCCGACUGUCAGUGCCACGUCUAGCAUGCUCAGGAAGUGAUGUCGCCGGAGAACCCCUUCCCCACCGUGGACGUGCCGGACCACGCCCACUACACCAUCGGCUCCUUCAUCCUGGCCAUCGGCAUCACCGGCACCGUCGGCAACUUCUUGGUCAUCUACGCUUUCCGUAGGAGUCGGAGCCUCCGCACCCCGGCCAACAUGUUCAUCGUCAACUUGGCCAUCGCCGACCUGCUGAUGUGCGUCACGCAGACGCCCGUCUUCUUCAUCAGCAGCAUGAGGAAGAGGUGGAUCUUUGGGGAGAGAGCCUGUGAACUCUAUGCCUUCUGCGGAGCUCUGUUUGGGAUCUGUUCCAUGAUCACGUUGAUGAUCAUCGCCGUGGACCGAUACUUUGUCAUCACGCGACCUUUGACCUCCAUUGGAGUUUUGUCCUACAAACGGGCCUUUGUCGUCGUCAUGGUUGCCUGGGCCUACUCUCUGGGAUGGAGCCUGCCGCCUUUCUUCGGCUGGAGUGCCUACGUGCCGGAGGGUCUCAUGACGUCGUGCACGUGGGACUACAUGACCUUCACGCCGUCAGUGCGAGCCUACACCACGCUGCUGUUCACCUUCGUCUUCUUCCUGCCGCUGGCCGUCAUCAUCUACUGCUACGUCUUCAUCUUCAGAGCGGUGCGGAGCACCAACCAGACCAUGCAGAAGCUGAGCAUCAGCAGCCGGGAGUCGGGCAGGACUCUGACUCGGCUGCAGAACGAGUGGAAGAUGGCCAAGGUGGCGCUGCUGGUCAUCCUGCUGUACGUGGUGUCCUGGGCCCCCUACUCCAGCGUGGCGCUGACAGCCUUGGCCGGCUACGCCGACAUGCUGACGCCGUACAUGAACUCCGUUCCCGCCGUCAUCGCCAAAGCCUCCGCCAUCCACAACCCCAUCAUCUACGCCAUCACACACCCCAAGUACAGGCUGGCGCUGGCCCGCUACGUCCCGGGUCUGGCCGCGCUGCUGUGCGUGCGACCCCAUGACCUCCGCUCGGGCAGCAGCAGCAGCAGCUUCGUGUCCACGCGUCGCUCCACCCUCACCAGCCAGACGUCUGAGGUCAGCGGGCCGCUGAGGGGGCGGAGCCUCAGCAAGCCGCGCCUCUCCUCCGCCUCCGACAGCGAAUCGGGUUGGACGGACACGGAGGCGGAGCUCAGCAGCCUGGGCUCCAGACCCGCCAGCCGCCAGGUGUCCAGUGAGCUCAGCAGGGACACGGCGCAGGGCGUACGGGCCUCCAGCGUCAGGUGCAAGAUGAAGAGUCUGGACUCGGGAGUGUUUGAGAAGCAGAGUUCCUACGACACGGAUGUCUCCAUGGUGACGGUCAGCGAGCGCGGCGCCGGGGCAGCGCAGGACGUGGACUCGGCUGACGUGACCCGAGCCGUCAUCUGCCGCAUCCCCAGCAUCGUGGUGACCCAGACCAGCCCCUUCCUUCCUAUUGGCCCGCGCGGCUCCAGCCUGAAGCACGGCGCCGCCGGCUCCUCGGGCGGAGCUUCCGGGACCACCGCGGCCGGGCCAGGGCGAUGAACCGGGCCCGUGAGCCCCGGCCCUGCGCUGGCCCUGUGGUCCGUUUUCCUCGACUGUGUUGCUUCCUCUCUGUAUUCUGUCAGUCGUCCUUGUCAUUUAUUGUCAUGACCUUUCACCUCACCGUGAACAGUGUGGCUCCUUCUUUUCUCUGCUGAUGUGGGGACUGCGGCCACGAGCUGCCACUGUUGCAUCGAGACCUGAGCCUUCAACUCACGCAGUCACAUGUCGAACACAACUUUGCUGCUGUGGUGACGUCACCUUUCGCUUGUGAAAAGUCCGUCCAAAUCGCAUUCGUCUUCCUGUCACUGCGUCUCUGGAGUCCUGGGACUGACUGUUUCAGAAACCCAAAGAAUGGGGAUCCACCAGAGGGCGCUAUUGUCCAAGGCUUGCAGUGAUGCCUGCACCUGGAUGAACCAGGUCCUCCCUCUCUCUCUUUUCUCUCUCCCUCUCUCUCUUUUCUCUCCCUCUCUCUCUCUCUUCCUCUCUCCACCCCCCACCCUCCCUCCCUCUCUCUCCCUCUCUCUCUUUUUCUCUCUCUCUCUCACUCCCUCUCUCUCUCUCCCUCUCU